GAGGCGGGGAGGAGAGGAGGAAAAAGCGCUGAGGGCGGGCGGGCGGGCGGGCGGGCGGGAGUGGAGGAGCCGGGGAGGGGCUCCUUAAAGAAACGCUUCUGUAGCUCGCCUGCUCGCUUUUCGCUCGGCAUCGCGGCCAGAAAGCCGGGCACUCGGGGGGCACGCGCGGCCACCGCUAGAGCUCUGCCCCCACCCCACCCGCCAGCAGAUCUGGGGUGGGGACCCAGGCGGGGCCUCCUGCAGCCACUGCCCGGUGGGGACCGCACAGAGCGACCCACUCCUCCCGGCACCGAGGAAGAAACAACGGAACCCUCAGCAGGCGGCCGGCCUCCCCGCCCCUGACCACUCGCUUCCCGGCUGCCUUUGUGGCCGCAGCUUCUCGUCGCCGAGCCGAGGGCCGGCGGGGGCGCGGCGCGCACGGCCGAGCGAUGCCAAGCUCGCUGUUUGCAGACCUGGAGCGCAACGGCAGCGGCGGCGGCGGCGGCGGCGGCAGCGGAGGGGGAGAGACCCUGGAUGACCAAAGAGCCCUGCAGCUCGCGCUCGACCAGCUCUCCCUGCUGGGGCUGGACAGUGACGAGGGCGCCUCUCUGUACGACAGCGAGCCGCGCAAGAAGAGCGUGAACAUGACCGAGUGUGUGCCGGUGCCCAGUUCUGAGCACGUCGCCGAGAUCGUAGGGCGGCAAGGUUGUAAAAUCAAAGCGCUGCGGGCGAAGACCAAUACUUACAUCAAGACCCCGGUUCGCGGGGAGGAGCCUGUCUUUGUUGUGACGGGCAGGAAGGAGGAUGUGGCCAUGGCUCGGAGGGAGAUCAUCUCCGCUGCCGAGCACUUCUCCAUGAUCCGCGCCUCUCGGAAUAAGAACACGACACUAAACGGCGCGGUGCCUGGGCCGCCCAACCUGCCCGGGCAGACCACCAUCCAAGUGCGGGUGCCCUACCGCGUGGUGGGGCUCGUGGUGGGGCCCAAGGGCGCCACGAUCAAGCGCAUCCAGCAACAGACGCACACGUACAUCGUGACACCUAGCCGGGAUAAGGAGCCGGUGUUCGAGGUGACCGGCAUGCCAGAGAACGUGGAUCGCGCUCGAGAGGAGAUUGAGGCGCACAUUGCGCUGCGUACCGGCGGCAUCAUUGAGCUCACAGACGAGAACGACUUCCACGCCAACGGCACCGAUGUGGGCUUCGACCUGCAUCAUGGGUCCGGCGGGUCCGGGCCAGGCAGCCUCUGGAGCAAGCCCACCCCCAGCAUCACACCCACCCCCGGCCGCAAGCCCUUCUCCAGCUACCGCAACGACAGCUCCAGCUCGCUUGGCAGUGCUUCCACAGACUCUUACUUCGGCGGCGGGACCAGCAGCAGCGCAGCUGCUACCCCGCGCCUGGCAGACUACAGCCCCCCUAGCCCCGCCCUGAGCUUUGCGCACAACGGAAACAACAACAACAAUGGGUACACCUACACAGCGGGGGAAGCCUCAGUGCCAUCCCCUGACGGCUGCCCUGAGCUGCAGCCCACUUUUGACCCGGCUCCCGCUCCCCCACCUGGGGCACCACUUCUCUGGGCUCAGUUCGAGCGGUCGCCGGGAGGUGGACCUGCAGCUCCCGUAUCAUCUUCCUGCUCUUCCUCCGCAUCUUCAUCUGCAUCUUCCUCCUCCGUGGUCUUCCCUGGGGGUGGCGCCAGUGCGCCCUCCAAUGCCAACCUGGGGCUACUGGUGCACCGCCGGCUGCACCCUGGCACCAGCUGCCCGCGCCUGUCCCCGCCCUUGCACAUGGCCCCGGGGGCGGGAGAGCACCACCUGGCUCGCCGGGUGCGCAGCGACCCAGGCGGAGGAGGCCUGACCUACGCCGCUUAUACCAACGGGCUGGGGGCGCAGCUGCCUGGUUUGCAGCCGUCGGACACGUCGGGCUCCUCCUCUUCGUCCAGCUCCUCCUCCAGCUCUUCAUCCUCUUCCUCCGGGCUUCGGCGUAAAGGCAGCCGCGACUGCUCCGUGUGCUUCGAGAGCGAAGUGAUCGCCGCGCUGGUGCCCUGUGGCCACAACCUCUUCUGCAUGGAGUGCGCCAACCGCAUCUGUGAGAAGAGCGAGCCCGAGUGCCCGGUCUGCCACACCGCGGUCACUCAGGCCAUUCGCAUCUUUUCUUGAAGGCAGCGGUGCGCACCGUGCUGGGGGAAGGGGGAACCCCUCCCCAUCCUCAUUCCCCAGCGCUCGCCUGCCUCCCUGGUGCCCCCCCCUUCUCCUUCCCGGCCCCACCAACACUCUUGAGAUCCGAGAGGAGCUUGGAAAGCUGUAGUAUCCGCUCAUUUUUAAGAUUUAAUUUUUAAGUAAAGGAAUUUGCCAGGAUAUCUGCAUCAAGAGUACUGUAGCCUGGGAAACCUCUGAACACCUGAAAUGCAUGCUCUAUAAAUAAUAGGAACGGCGACAUUCUAGUAAUGAUAGUUUUUACACUGUACUUAAUAGGAAGCUUCCAAAAGAAGAAAACCCCACAAGUUCUCCAUUUUCUUAAAGUAGGAAAAAAUGAACAGUAAUGAUGAUGAAGAUGAUAGUAGUGCUGUGGGAUGUGUGGACUGUUUAGUGUGUUCCCCUUUGUGGGUGGGUUCCUAUGAUACUUACUAUAGAACACAGUGGAUCCUUUUUGAAUGUUCGUGGAAGGGCCAGGAGUUCCUGUGAAACCAGGAUACUGCAGCUUUAUUAAAGUUAAAGAAACUGUAACAUAUCUCUUAUAUAUUAAAAACGUUUAAAAGUUUUAAAGAGAAAU